GAGUGGGUCAGGCGGAGCUUGUCAUGUGGCACGUUCAAGUUUGGUUUUGGUUGCUUCGACUACACACAAAAUUCCCUACCCCUGUCCAAAAAAAAAAACGGAAGAGUCCCAAAAAACCCGAGAUAAUGUCGCAGCUGUAUGCGGAGGCCCAGCAGAGGCACUUCGUCACGCGGAGCAGCUACGAGGGCGCCUGGGACAGGCUGGUGAAUGUGAUGGACGGCUUUGGUAGCUAUCGCUAUCCGGAUGGCAGCGAGUAUCGUGGCAGGUUCCACCAGGGGCAGUUCCACGGCUUCGGGCACCUGCGACUGGCCCAACCCUACCGGUUUACUGUCAAGGGUGAGUUCGAGCAUGGCCGCCUGGUGACAGUAGAGGACAUGUGGUUCUCCGAUGGCCUGCAUGUGGAGGGCAGGUUCAACGACAUGAAGCUGGAGUGCGACCGUUGGGAUUACCUGACGCCCGCAGAUCGGCGCUACCAUGCCGAGCGGCGUUAUGGCCAACAGCCGGUGGGACCCACGGCCUUCAUCACGGCCAAGAUGCUGCCCCGCGAGAUCCCGCCGCACUGCUACGACGUGGAGGAGGGCCUGUUCAACAGUAAGACCUGCUGGAUGACGGACCGACCGGGUCCCUUCCGCAGUCGCAUGUACGUGGGCUGCCAGCAGGACAAGGACUUCAUCAAGCGUCACUGCAGGAAGGCCAGAACCUCGCGCGUGGUUGAGCCACCUUCGGAUUUUUGCCGCCGCAUCAUAGCCAACAAUUUGGCCACCGAGAAGUCUCAAAUACGAAAGACUGCUAUAUAUGCUCCCAAGGGAGAAGUCCAUCGGGAGCGGUACUACCACAAGCUGACCAAGAAGCGGGGUCAUGCGAAGGAGAAGCCGCUGCAAAUGGCCAGAAGGCGCUCCGUGGCGCCCACUGAUCCCGCCUGGGAGACGGAGAUGUGUGUGCGAGCCUAUGGCAGGAUGCUGGACAAGCGGCAGCAGGAUCAGGAGGAGUACCGCAAGCUGCAUCCCUGCGCCGAGAUGGAGAAGGUGGAGAGGCCUCGCGAGUGGACGAGCACCUCGGAUGUGCGCAAUCCGGAGUCGGGCGGCGCCUCCAGCUGCCAGUCGGACAGCUUCGGCGAGCACUCGCUGCCCCUGGACGUCAUGGAGACCUACCGAUCCGUCAACGCCAUGAUGCAGAAGCGGGCGGCGGACAACAUCAACGUGGUGCAGUCCAAUCUCAUACGCCACAACAGCUACCUCGACAUGACGCGUUCCAUUUUUGAGUUGUAGAUCCUGUGGAUCACGUAGUUCAAUCUGUUUUUAUGUCUUUCUUUCAGUUUAAAAUUUUAGUUAACGUAGGAAGGAAUAAAUUAUUUCACGUUGUAUGUUAAUGAAGAAUAAGAAAA